GUAGCAAAGAAGAAGAAGACAGAACAAACAAAAAUCUUGAAUAAAGUUGAGAGCUUGAAGUGAGAAGUCGUAUGCAUGACGUGUAAGGCUGGCGUAGACGGCAGUCUGGUCUGGUGUUAAUAUGAAGAUUCUUCACGACGGGGACUUAUUGGAUGGAUACAUUAUAAUUUAACAUGAAACUGAUAUGAAGCUUGCGUCGCGAAUGCGAGCCGCCACCGUUGCCGCCGAGCCGACGUGCGAUUUCGCGAUAGACGCGCGUUCUCUCGCAAAAGCGACCGACUCCCCACUAUGAGGAAGCCAUAGGUCGUACACACUGUGCACAGGUGGACGAGGACGACAACGACAACGACGACCACGACGGCGGUGGUGGUGAUACGUGCGUGUCGCAUUCGGCGAACCUCAGUCGCGAGCGAACAGUAGGAGCGCGCGCGAGUGAGAUAUCGCGGCAGCGCGCGAGGGCGAAUUACGCGAAAAACGUGACGAAUGUGCCCGCGAUAAGCAAAGUGGAGAAGGUGAGAUGGGAACGGCGAGGCACGGAGAUCCCUGAUCCCGCUGAUUACGGUACCUCCGACGCUCUCAUACAGACUGAUCGUCGUUACGAUCAUCGGAUACGUUCCGAUUGACGAAAGCGCGCGAAACGUGUGCUCUCUGGGAAACAGGUGAAUCCAGAGGAGCUGUGGCCGCUAGUCUAUUGUGGGAAAUUCUACUUCAGUCUUGGCGUACUCCCGCUAGCAUUCUUUUCUACUUUUCCCUGAGAAAUCGCGAGUCUGUGUCAACUUUAAUCCAAAUUUCGUUUGCGGCAACUUUGAUCAACAUUUCGUUUGCGGUAACUUCGAUGAAAAUUUAGAACUUCGCAGGACAGGGAUUCUAGUCGCUUGUGUCGUCAUUGCUUCCAAACUGGAAAAAGCGAAUGAAUCGUGCGAUCGUGUGAUCGCGCUAACGAUUGCAAUUGUUCCCGCAGAAAAAUUCGAAAUAGAUGAAACCGCGACAGCGAGUCGAGAUUGACGGAAGUCUGGACGAAACGCGCUCGGGAAUUUGCGCGACACUAAUUACGAAAUAAAAGGUCGACGCUAAUUACGGCGGCGCGAUAAAGCGAUAUCGGCCGGGGAAGGGAGGGAAGAACGCGUUCUUCUCACGUUCGAGAAAUCGAUUCGGAGGCCUUGGCGCGCGUCCUGGACGUUCACUGACACGUCUUUAAUCCCGCAUCACAUGCGGCUGAUACACGCGAUCGUAACGAUACGUAAUUUCGUUCGCGCGCGAUUAACGCGAACGAUGCUGGUGGCGUCUAAAAUAUAUGUAUACGGGGAUUCGUUUUGCCUGUCGUUUCUCUCAUACGCGCGACCAGAGAGAUGCAGCCGCGAUGCGAUGCGUUCUCGAUCGGGAAAUUUCGCGGACGCGCCGGCGAAUCGCGGUCGAUCGCGAGGAGACCAGAAAGGAAGAAAGAAAGAAAUAGGACGACCUUAUUGCGUUCUCGUUAUCGUCGCGAGUCGCGUGGUCUUUUAUCAAUUGCGUGACACAACUGAACAAACGAGAUACACUCUGUAUCCAAGAAAUUACGACACUACUUCCAACUUAACCGAAUCCCUUCCGCGCCGCCGACGCGAGAUUUUCCUGCGCGAGACACUCGCGGAGAUACACAAUACGUCGAUAUUAAUUAAUCACACGACCACGAGCUGCUCCGCGGAGUUUGUUGAGUUUGCUUUCUGGAAAAACACACGACACUCGGUCCACACCGACUCGUAACGGGACGCGUUCACUCGUUUGCAGGACGGUUCGAGCACGUUCUCUUCGACGUGCCCUGGAAUUCAGCCGAAUUUUCUAAUGAGAGGAUUCUUCAUUUCGGUCGUAUGUUAAGGUUCUUCCACAUUGACCGCGAGCGAGUGCAGAAAUUGAAGAGAUAUAAUAACAUCUAUUUAUUUCAAUUUGUUUAAUUGAUAUACGCAACAUUUUGAUGCACUUACUCAGAGAGAGAAAUAAUCUGAAACUCAGGUUGUCACCCACACAAGUCAAAUUUUUUCUCUCCCUGAAAAAGUGAACUGAAACGUUCACAAAACGUCGGAAAUUAAUCCAUUAAAGAUGCGAUAGCCAAAUCGAGAAUUUUUCCAUGCUGCAAAAGCCCUUCAAAUAUUAUUAUUAAAUAUUUUUAUUAAAUAUUUUAUUAAGUAUGAAAUUAUUAAAUAUCAUUAUAUUGAAAAGAACUCUUUCCUCUCUCAUAAGAUAGAUUCUCUCAUUGGCCAUCGCGCGGAUGUGUCUCGGAACGUGCCGAAACCGUUCCGCAAACGAGUGUACGCUCGUGCCGAUCGAUAUUUAACUAUCUGAAAGAGACAUUUCUCCCGGGGAAUCUUCAAAGUACCGGCGUCGUCAAGGCGGUUAUGCAAAUCAGAAUUCAAAGUCUUUCCCCAGAAAAAUGAAAAAAUCAGGAGAAAAAAGGCGAACGUCAUCGCGCGAAUUCCGCUCAGCAUUAACAUGCACGUGCACGUUACGUAGGAUCCUCGAUACCCGCGUGUGCUUGACCUUUGCCCCGCAUUUACCCCGGCGAGUAUUGUCUCGGUGAAUAGCGUGUGCUUGACGUGCCGUGCGACUCGUCAUCGUCGCACUGGUGCGUUUACGUGACAGCUGCUAUUGAGCCGACGGGUGGAUGGAAUCGACAUUACGACGCGACGCUCCAACGCGACGUUUCUCUGUGAUUUUAGCCCGGUUCCGUUUAGAAGGAACGCGCAUGAAGAAAUGCAAUUAAUCGCCGACCGUUGUCGAAACCGUUGUCGAAACUGUCGUCCGCGUGGAAAAGAGUGACGACGAAACGUCGCGCUUGAACUUUCAUCUCGUCGAUGAACGCGCGAGGUGCGCGCAGGUGCUGAGAGCGAGAAGGGCAGAAAAAGAGGGAGAGAGAGAGAGAGAGAGAGAGAGAGAGAAAGGGAAAGAGAGAGAUCCGCUGGAUUCUGAACUUUUUCGAGGAGAUUUCGGAAAACAAGUGAAUAGCAAACGAGAGUAGGAGGCACGGAGCAACCGCGUUAGCUGGCGAUAUGAUGUGAAUGGUGCGCGGUCGAUGCAACUGCAACCGACCGGAGAGAUGUUGACGUUGAUCGGCGGUCUGCUCGUCGCUUAUUUCGUCUACGUUCUGAUCGCAAGGAAAAAUGACAAGCGAUCCACGGAUUCACCAGCAAUGGCUCACGCAGCACUCCGAGAGAUCGUCGAGCGUGCUGUCGAGGAAGCUCGCAAAUUACCAGGACUGAACACGUCCGAGGAUGGCGAGCAGUCUCGAGAAGGACGCGCUAUCGCGGACCACAGUUACGAGGAUCUUCUCGCUACCGCGAUACUCAACAAGGUCAUCGAGAGAUUGCAACGAGAACGAGUGGAUGGCAACAGCAACGUUCUGCACAUCACGGAACCGUCCAAGACAAAAUACACUUCCACCGAGAGCGAGUGUGGCAUUGGCGAAGACGUGAGGAGCUACGAGUGCAAUGGCAAUCGUGACGCGUCGAUCAGGCAGAAUGGAGAUCAUCAGGAACCGGUGUCCUACAUGAUGGAAGAGCGAAUAGAGGAGGUGACUACGAUCACGUCAGACGACGAACCUGCUGAGAACGAUGUCUUGGAAUACGGAUGCACUCGGCGCGUGCCGUUCCCGGAGUUCGGGAUGGAUAUCGUUGACCCAGCACCGCGAGAAUUGUCAUCACCGUCGUCGGACUCCUCGAGCUCGGAUCGCAACGAGAGUUUCUCGCAAAUCAAGACCAAAUAUCGCACUGAACACACAAUGGAUCUAGUCUCGCCCAUUGAGUCCUGGGAAGACAACUGGUUGUUCCAGAAGAAAAGAAGUGCUCGAUCGCAGCCGGACGCGGUCGCAAUGUUGGUGCCGAGCUCCAACACGUGCUACAAAGCUUUGAUCGGCGACCGAGACGCUGAGGACACGUCCGACCUAUCCGAGUGCUCUUCUACCAAGUCCGACGAGGAAUUCGAGAAGGAGCUGAUGGAGAUCGACAACGUAAUCCCGAGAAGCCCCAGGACUUCCGAGUGCGACGUGGAAAAUCAUCAAGUGCCAAACGACACGAUGCAACUCGUUGAGGAUGAGGUUGACUAUGUUUGCCGAAGGAAAACGAAAGCCGAGGAGAUCGCAGCAGAGAAAGUGGUCGAGGAUGAGGAUGAUAAGAAGGGACCGAGUGAAAGUUCGCCGACAUUGAUAACGGGGACAAAAGAGGAAGAGAGCAAGACCAAAGAGAAGCCGACGAAUGAUACCGCCGAGCACGGCGAGAGGACAAUUGCAACUGCGGUGGAAAGUUCCAUGCAAAAGAACGUAAAAGUGCAACUGGAAAAGUCGAGCGAAAGGAGCGACCGAGGGAAUGUCGCCGACGAAGGCGAAGAGCAACGAGAGAGCGAGUACACCGAGCACUACGACACUGCGAUCCAAAGACACCUGGAUAGUCUGACGAAAGUCGAUGCUUAUAGCGGAGAGAGUGAACCUGCCGACGAAACGGGAGAACUCACGGAGAAGCAGCCCGAGAAAUUGGAAGACAAAUUAGACGAAGAAGAAAAGAGCGAACGCUCGGAAGCCAAAGUCCAAUUAAUUUCUGCAACGAGCAAGAGCCACGUUGAUACGACCGCCGAGGAAGAUCGAUUAAGUGGCCCACCACGCCCAGGCACAAUAGCGGAACGUGAGCACAAGAAGUGGGAGAACGCGCCGCCGAUCGAGAACAACCCCUACAGCGAGGAAAACAUACGAAAACGAUCCUGGGAGAGGCGAUAUUCGCGAAAAUCCGCGGACGUCUCGGGAGUUCACUACGAGAUCAAGAAGCUGAACGACGUGCAAUUGGACGUGCUUGGACCCGAUCCACCGGACAUCAAACGGUUCGGCAGGGACUACUACAUCAACCAGUCGAAGGUGGCCAGCGGGGAGCGAUCGGAGCGGGCCAGGUCGGCGAUGUCCUCGUCGAGCAGACCGAGCAGCUCGCUGUCCCAGCGGUCGAGCUGCGCCGGCGACGAGCAACGCGAACGACAGGAUGAAGUCAUGUCCGGAGAAACCGACGACGUGUCGAUGUCGCGAGAGGAACACGCAAGGACGAUGUCCACGUGGCGGAGGAACAAUGCCGAGAUGAUCAGCUUCGAGACGACGAACAAUCGCGCCGCGAAUCCGCGCGCUUCCGUCGACGGGACGGAUCAAGAGCGACGCGCGGACGACAUCCUGGAGGAUCAGAGGAAGAACAGCAAGAAUGAGAUCAACGCGAAGCUGAAUAACCAGGAGCACGGUCUCGAGGCGGAGCGGCAGGACGAGAAGCAGGGGCAAGUUCGAAGGAUCGACCUGAAGGCGUACGGCUUCGAGAAUGAGUUCUCGGUAGCGAGAACCGCGCGACCGCAGCAACAGCGAGUCGUCAACAGGCUGGACUUGAGGUCCUUCGGCUACCAGGACGGUCUGCGUCGCGCACGCUCCAACAACCAGUUGGACCAGCCGGCGAACAACGAGAAGUCGAAUCUGACGAGGUGCGUGAUGGACCGCGAGAAGAGUCGCUCCGAGUACAAGGUCUUCCCAGUCGACCGCGGGGACUUGACGAAGAGCUCGGGGGAGUUGAACCAGCUGCACGAGGACGUGGUGAAGGUCGGCUCGCUCGUGUCGGCCAAGUCGAUGCCGAACGUAGCCGACGACGCGUACUAUUACGCGAACCCGGUUCGUGUCAACAACAACGACGACGACAACGACGGUAACAACGACAACGACGACGAGAAGGACAAGUUUGCCGCUAAGAACUCGCUGAAUCGCGUCAGCGAGUCGGAUAAAGGAGUCGACGUACGCGACUCGACCAAUGCGGAUGGCUCGCUCAAUGGCGACGACAAAGCCCCGUCCGACUUGGACAGGUCCUUCGAGGAUAUCUAUAUCGAAGACAAGGAUCGGCUACGUGGACCAAGCGAGAAGUUGCCCAUGCCGUCCGUGAAGAGGCUCGCGGAGGCCUUCGGCGGCAGACAACCCUCUGUCACCGAGUGGGUGCCUGCGAAGACGAGCAAAACUUUGGUAACAAAGUUGGACGACGUCAAGGACAGAUCGUUCACGCCCGAGGUGCAGAUAGUCGAAACGCCCAAGCAAAUGCACAGUCUAACAGCCAGAUCACUGUCGAAGGAGUUUCGGGAGGGACUGCGUCAAAUGCCCAGCAAGAUUACCUCACCACCUGUCAGUCGGUCGUUUAUCGAAGAACGAUCGGCCAAUGGCGAUCGAAUGGAAAUCGUGCGAUCGAAACGCGAGGACAGCGACAUCGCCGUGAUUUCGCCCGGCAAGCUGAAGUCAAACAUUAAAUUUUGGGAACAAAUGCAAAAGAGAAAUUGAAUCGCGUCUACUCAAUAUUGCAAAUUCAAACGUUUACGCUCGAUAAAAUCGCAAUUUAAAGUUUCGUAAUAGAAUUGAUUUUGUAUAUACCGAAAGAGAGAACGAGAUUGUAGGUCGAAAUGAGAUACACGAAACGAGAAACUCGUGUGUGAGUUUAACUCACGUGCAAAUCAAAAUUAUCGAAAUGGAGAUAUCAGGAGAAAGGUAAAUUGUAAAUAUUAUAAUUAUCACAGCGUCCGUGAGCCCAAAACGACGAUUAUUAAAAUUCAUGGAGCUGAAGUAUUUUAAGUGCAAGCAGAAUAACGAUGUCAAACGAAUACAAACGUGAUUUCCAGUCAAGAUUAAAAAUUAUAUUUUUUCGGAGAUUCCGAGUAAAAGAAAAAGAAGCUCGAGGUGCGUCUUACAGAUAUUCGUAUCGAUUUAGUAUCUAGUGCAUCUGAGAAUUAUUUUGGUAUAUACGUAGGACUUUUCGUAUUUCCAAACAGUAUGGAAAGUAUACAAUCAAACUUUCGCGCGAAAUCCAGUCGCGAUUUGCGUCACUGUGAGGCAGUGAAAACGGUAAGAUCUAACGCUGGACGCGCUAACUGGAAGAACGCUCUCCCAGUUGAACGUCACGUAUUUACUUACGAUUCACUACUGUGGAUGUGUAAACGCGUACUACAGAUAAGAUCGAUUCGCCGCGUGUGAUAACAACGAAACGGUGUCACGCAAGUGUGAUUAAAUUCGUGCCAAAAGGCGUCGCAAUACGUUGAUAGCCAAAGAAAGCGUUUCGAGUCGGGAUAAGAGAUUGCGCUAACCCUUUCUACUCCGAAUUGUGUCAUAAAAAUGACACGUAGUAAGAUUAUUUAAGAAAUUUUUAAGAGGAUAUGCAUAAGAAUAAAUUUGAAAAUUGCAAAAUUAUAUUCAACUCCAAACAGCUUCUCAAAAGAUUGAGAGAGCGAAUUCAAAAAUAGAAGUUUGUUUUCUAAAAUCUUUUUCUAAAUAAUAAUUAAGUGUUUCCGGCAUCUGUAAGAAGAGUCGAGAGGGUUAACGAUUUCCACGCGUUGCCAAUACGUUAAAUACGCGAUGGGAAUGAAUUUUUUUCCGAGUUCUAACUGAAAGUUUCGCAGUGAUUUUGUAUAUUAUUGCAAAUAGAUACAUUAGUUUAAUGUAAUGAAAUAAAUAAGAUUAGAGUAAA